AUGGGGGAAGCAAGUGACAUGGACAGCGGGAUCAUGCUGCACUCGGGCCCUGAGAGCCCGGUGUCCCCACCAAAGGAGCGGUUGCAGGCAGGGCGGCGGCAGCAGCAGGUGCUGGAGGCUCGGCUCAAUGGCUGCAUCCAGGAGCUGCGGCGGCUGUGCCUGCGUGAGGCGGAGCUCACGGGGACCCUGCCCUGUGAGUACCCCCUGAAAGCUGGUGAGAAGCCCCCCAAGGUCUGUCGCAGGAUUGGGGCUGCCUUCAAGCUGGAUGAGAUCAUCGUUCUGCAUGGGGUGGACCCUCUGGAACAGGAGCGAGCGCUGCAGCUGCAGAUUGCUGAGGCCUCCCGCCGGCUCUGCCGUGAGGAGAACAUUGGCCGGCAGGUGCGAAAGAGACGGCAGAUGGCGGCGUUCCGGGAGGAGCAGAAGCUGCGGGACCUGGAGCAGGUCCUGAGCCAGCGGCGGCUCCUUGCAGGGCAGCGUGACACCAGUGCCAAGGAGGACACACAACCACCAGGACAUGCCACCCCACGGAGGUCCCCAUCUCCCAAGGAUCCCACCAAGGAGGAGGAGGAGGAGUCAGGGCUUCUGAUGUCCCCCACCAAUCCCUGGCAGGAGACCAGCCUGGACAGACCCUAUGAAAGGGCCAAAAAUCCCAGCAUUGACCCUGAGGAUGGGGAAACCCAGAGCUCCCAAUGCUGUCUUGAGUCCCUGAUGGCUGCCCCUGCCAGCUCCUUGGCCCCUGGCAGCCCUGACUCUGCAGGCUCCCCAGUGUCCAGGGCAGGGGACCUCCCCUACGAGUUCGUCCCCAUCCAGACCCUGGUGCUGUGCCGGCAAGCAGGUUCCAGUGCUCCCAGCACCCCAGAGCCAUCGGGACAGCAGGGACAGACCCAGUCUCUGGGGGUGGACCCAUACUGGCAGCCAGCUGAGCCACGGGGCCGCAGCACUGCACCCCGCCGGCACCCCACCUACUACACAGUCACUGUGCCCACCUCCUGCAUCCCGACCCCUAGCCCUGCAUGCCACUCUGGCUCCGAUGACAGCAUCUCCAACCUCUCCAGCAUCUCCUACGCCACCUCCCCUGGCAGCAGCAGCCCUGACAUGUCCUUUGCAGUUCCACUGCCCCUUGCCGAGCCUGGUUACUACCGACGAGGUGCCCUCCAGCUCCUGCCGCCUGCUGGCCCCCUGACUUUCCUGUAUGAGCAGGAUCUGGCCCCACUGCGGUACCAGCGCCUGGUGCCCUCCCGUAGCCGCAUUGUGCGCACACCCUCACUCAAAGACUACGCACCCGCCGGGGCCCAGGGGCUCUCCAAGGCCACUGUCACGGAGGAGCUCAAGUUGUGGCACCAACGCGCCCGGCUGAGGGGUGCCCGGCCCCACUCCGUCGACCGGCAAGGGGCUUUCCAGAGACCCCAUGGUGGGACCACCAGGGAUGUGCCUGUUGCUCAUGGAGUCCUAUCACUUGUUCAGGGUCCCCCGGUGCAGGUGCUGCGACGCUCAGCAGCUGGCGUGCCCAUGCAGGUCUAUAUGCCUGAGAACGGCGAGAUUGUCACACAAGUGUGA